AUGUGUCAUUCGAUUUCCUCCGGUGUUCCGAAACGCCGGAACUCCACGGCUUUGAACCGAGCCUCACUGCGUCUUCUCCUUGCUUCCGGUUGGUGUGGGGAGGCAGCAAUUGGCGACGGAUCCCCGUAUUUCGCAGCCGAUGUGCCGGAGGUGGUGAUAGCUCAACGCGGUUCAGUGGUGUUCCUGCCUUGCACCGUUCAUGAUCUGGGAGACAAAUCAGUGAGUAUUCGUGGCGCGAUGGGAAUCAAGCGGUCGCCACAUCGACACUGA